UGCGACAGCGACAGGUGCUCCCAGCGGCCUGCGCUGCGGGCGCCGCGUUCGCCGGGCUGCCCCGGGGCCGCCUGUCUGGAGAGGGCCCUUCUGUCACCCCUGCCCUGCUCCGCGGUCCGAGCGUUGGCAGCCCAUCGCCAGUCACAGCUCUCAGCCCUCCAGGCCGCCCCCUCGGGGGACACAGCUCCAGCAGCCACCGGGACCUCUCCCCGCGGCCGCUCUUCCGCGUCUUUCAUCUGCCCUUCGGGUCAGCCCGCGGCGUGCACCUCGCCUCGCUCUUCUGCGCUUCCCUGGCCCCUGUCCCCAGCGCCACCAGACCGUGACUGACGAAAAACAAAACCACGCCGCCUUGUUCCGCUGGAAGUGGAGUGUGCAGCUGGACGUUGACAAUGGCCCUCCGGCGAUGCUAGGUCUAUAAUGGGAAGCGCCACAGUGCGGUACUUCUGUUACGGGUGCCUUUUUACGUCUGCGACCUGGACGGUCUUGCUCUUCGUUUACUUCAACUUCAGCGAAGUGACUCAGCCGCUAAAGAAUGUGCCCGUCAAGGGGUCUGGGCCCCGCGGGCCGCCCCCCGAAAAGUCCUAUCCCCGCCUCGCUCGGGGUCCGGGUCGGGCGCUAGAAUUACGGUCCAAGGGGAACAGAAUUGACGAUGUGGUCGACAGUCAUAUUGAGGAUGCAGAGAAAGGCGACGUGCAGUUCUCUUCUGAAUUGGGCAUGAUUUUCAACGAGCGCGACCAGGAGCUGAGAGACCUAGGGUACCAGAAGCACGCCUUCAACAUGCUCAUCAGCAACCGCUUGGGCUACCACCGGGACGUGCCAGACACAAGGAACGCAGCAUGCAAAGCCAAGACGUACCCGGCGGACCUGCCGGCAGCCAGUGUUGUGAUUUGUUUCUACAACGAAGCCUUGUCUGCGCUGCUCCGGACCGUGCACAGCGUGCUGGACCGCACGCCCGCCCAGCUGCUCCACGAGGUCAUCCUCGUGGACGACGACAGCGACAUUGAUGAUUUGAAAGGACAGCUAGAUGAAUUUGUCCAAAAACAGCUCCCUGGAAAAAUUAAAGUAAUAAGAAACCCAAAGCGGGAGGGAUUGAUUCGAGGAAGAAUGAUCGGAGCUGCCCACGCAACAGGAGAAGUGCUGGUGUUCCUGGACAGCCACUGCGAGGUGAACGUGAUGUGGCUGCAGCCCUUGCUGGCGGCCAUCCGCGAGGACCGGCGGACGGUCGUGUGCCCGGUGAUCGACAUCAUCAGCGCGGACACGCUGGCCUACAGCUCGUCCCCCGUGGUGCGCGGGGGCUUCAACUGGGGGCUGCACUUCAAGUGGGACCUUGUUCCCCUCUCCGAGCUCGGAGGGCCGGAAGGAGCUACCGCGCCGAUAAAGUCCCCCACCAUGGCCGGCGGGCUGUUCGCCAUGGACAGGGGCUACUUCGACCAGCUGGGCCAGUACGACCGCGGCAUGGACAUCUGGGGCGGCGAGAACCUGGAGAUAUCGUUUCGGAUCUGGAUGUGCGGGGGCCAGCUCUUCAUCAUCCCCUGCUCCAGAGUCGGGCACAUUUUCCGAAAAAGGCGGCCGUACGGCUCCCCGGAAGGCCAGGACACCAUGACCCACAACUCCCUGCGGCUGGCGCACGUCUGGCUGGACGAGUACAAGGAGCAGUAUUUUUCCUUGAGACCGGAUCUGAGGACAAGAAGCUACGGGAACAUCAGCGAGCGUGUUGAAUUGAGGAAGAAGCUGGGCUGUAAAUCAUUCAAGUGGUACUUGGAUAACAUCUACCCAGAGAUGCAGGUGUCGGGGCCCAACGCCAAAGCCCAGCAGCCCGUCUUCGUCAACCGGGGGCCGAAGCGCCCCAAAGUGCUUCAGCGGGGGCGGCUCUAUCACCUGCAGACCAGCAAGUGCCUGGUGGCCCAGGGCCGGCCGAGCCAGAAGGGGGGCCUCGUGGCGCUGAAGGCCUGCGACUACAGCGACCCCAACCAGGUCUGGAUUUAUAAUGAAGAGCAUGAACUGAUCUUAAGUAACCUCCUCUGCCUGGACAUGUCAGAAACGCGGUCGUCAGACCCACCACGACUCAUGAAGUGCCACGGGUCGGGGGGGUCCCAGCAGUGGACCUUUGGGAAGAAUAAUCGGCUGUACCAGGUGUCGGUCGGACAGUGCCUGAAAGCAGUUGACCCCCUGAGUCGCAAAGGCUUCGUUGCCAUGGCGAUCUGUGACGGCUCCUCCUCCCAGCAGUGGCACUUGGAAGGUUAAGGCGGACCCCGUGCUGGGACUGCCCCUCGGGGGGACUGCCCCUCGGGGGGACUGCCCGGGGAGAGGGGCCACCGGGAGGCAGCGGCAGCGACACCGACACCGUGGGAGUGAGACGCCGGGACCGCAGGAGGGGAGGCCUAGGGCGGGGUCCUUUCAAGGCGGCUGUUAGGGAAUUUCUCACUUAUGGUAGAAAACCAACAGUUUUAACAUAAAGAGGCAGGUUUAUUAGAAAGACAAAACCCAGGAAAUGCCAGGUCUGUUCAAAUUAAUUUAUGCUUCUUUUAAUUCCCUUUCAUAAUGGAUGGAAUGGUGUUCGAUUGGGACUUGUCAUAAUUUCCCUUCUUAGAAGACUUCACAGCAGACGGUUAAUUUUAAACAGAGUCCAUGUUACUUUUAACUUCAGAAGGAAUCAUUUAUAGGGUCAUAUUUAAGAGGCAGUCGACUAUUAUAAAUUAUUUUGAUUAAUUAUGGUACUAUCUACAUUUAAAAUAAAGGAUCUCUUUAAUUACUUACUAUCCUC